GAAGCAUCAAGUUAAUCAUCGGCAACUGCCCACCUGUUCAAAGUGAGUGCAGUAGCAUCAUGCACUUCCCAACUUUAUAUUGGUUGGCGACAUGACUCAAUGUCAAAAUCCAAGCCCGUAUUCUUCUCUUUUCAUUAGUUACCCACCCACCUAUCUGAUAUAAAUCCAUCGUCAUGGCCGGGAGAAAGCGUACUGCGUCUAGGGCGAAUGCGACGAAUGCGACACCUCGAUCCUCCCGAUCGAUGAGGUCUAAUACAAAAAAGUCCGAUGUUCCAGAUAUCUACAAUCAAAUGCUUGCCGAUGCCGAUGUCCAGGCUCACGCGACACCCUCCGAACGACCAUUGAAAAGGCGAAAGCCUGGUCGAAGAAAUGAACAAUCGCCCAAGAAACCCGACCCGCCCAAAGUGAUACCGAAGCCUGAGGAUGCGGAUGACGAAGAUGACGCACAAUUUGAGGAUGUACCACUCCCCGCUGCCACCGUGCAGACAGUCUUUAGAGAUUCCGAUGAGGAAGAAGAAGACGAUGAAAUCCAAUUUGAGAACGUCGAUUUUUCAAUUCCUCCCUCAAACUUAGAUACUACUGAGGACGGCGAUAAAGACCUCGAGCUUAAUUUCUCGUCGCGGAUGGCCGCAAGCCCUCGAAAGUCUGUGGAUCGGCGAAAGCCAAUUAGCAAGGAGGAAAGGAGUCGUCGGGUUGAAGUACACAAGAUGCAUCUUCUAUGCCUAUUAGCUCACGUCGCCCGUAGGAACCAAUGGUGCAACGAUGAUACCGUUCAGAAGACCUUGCGAAAACUCCUGACCGAUAAAAUGGUCACCUAUCUCAACCCUAGCGCUAAACUUAGUCAAUUCGGACAGGCCAAUUCUCUCAAGGAAGGACUAAACCGGGUAGGAACCAUGUUCAAGACCAAAUACCAGGUUACCGAGCGCGGAAUUCGAAGAGCACUUUGGGCCGAGAAUGAGGAACAUCUUCAAAAUUAUAAGCUUCCAGAUGAUGCAGAAACGCCUAUGGAUAAGGACGAUUUUCGCGAAGCUGCGAAGUCCCUUUGUGGCUCACGAGAUGUUGGCGCUCAAUUAUAUUGUGCGCUGCUUCGAAGCGCUGGCGUUGAAGCCAGGCUCGUAUGCUCUCUUCAACCUCUUGCUUUCACUUCUGGAGGGCCCCCUUUGGGGAAGCCACCUAAGGGGAAAGGGAAAUUAUCCCUUGUAGAACGAUAUGCUCAGCAAUCGAAGAAAGAGAGUGUCCCUGACUCGCCUGCAGAGAGCAGUAGUAGCUCUUCAGUACUCAGGCGCCUGGGACACCCGAAAGCUGCGGCUUUUCAUUUCCCUACGAUACCGACAACUCCUUCGACGCGGGAAGCUCCACCGGUCCCUAAGAAGAUCCGAGAAUCUCCCUACCCUAUUUACUGGGUUGAGAUUCUCGACGAAGCCCACCAGAAAUGGCAACCGGCCGACCCGUUAGUGACUAACUCGUUUUGGAAACCUCAAAAUAUGGAGCCACCGGCUUCUGAUAGAGAGAAUCAUAUGGCUUACGUUGUUGCCUUUGAAGAUGACGGCGCAGUAAAAGAUGUUACACGUCGUUAUGCGAAAGCGUACAAUGCGAAAACGAGAAAGAUGCGGAUCGAAAGCGCGGAGGCUACCGGUGAAAAGUGGUGGCAGAAAACUCUUCGAACAUUCUCUCGCGGUUUCCCUACGGACUUAGAUCAGAUCGAGGAUACCGAGUUGGCAGAUAGACAACUACGAGAACCGAUGCCUCGUAAUAUUGCCGAUUUUAAAGACCACCCGAUAUAUGUCCUCAAGCGACAUCUUAGACGGAAUGAGGUUCUUGUGCCGAAUGCUUCAGCUUCAGGAACAGUAGGUGCCGGUAGUACUGGCCCUCUAGAGAAGGUUUAUAGGCGUAAGGACUUACGGAUCGCUCAUAGCAGAGAGAAGUGGUAUCGCAUGGGUCGAGAGGUUCUUCCAAAUGAGAUACCUGCUAAGUUUCUCCCUAAACGGAAAAAAACGAAGGCAGACUUGUUCGACGACGAAGGGGAAGACGACCCCAGUGAACCAAAUGGGGUACCAACUUACACAUUUGAUCAAACUAAACAGUUCAAACACCCGCCUGUCGUAAACGGCCGAGUGCCAAAAAACCGGUUCAAGAACAUCGACCUCUACGUGCCGAGUAUGGUGCCCGAAGGCGGUGCAUAUGUGGCCGAUGAGCUGGGCGCUCGGGCCGCAUUCAUAUUGGGGGUCGAUUACGCCCCUGCGCUUACCGGCUUCCAGUUUAAGGGGAAGCAGGGCACCGCAGUAUUACAUGGAGUAGUCGUCGCCGCGGAAUAUGAGGAGGCUGUACGCGCUGUGAUUACCGGUCUUAGGGAUCAGGCAGCCGAAUUAGAGAAGGAUCGACGGACUCAGGUCGUCCUCAAGGCUUGGAGACUAUUUUUGAUGAGCCUCCGAGUCCGUCAACGAAUCUUCGCGGACGUUGACUCCGAAGAUGAGGAUGGCAAUCAAGAUAUGGCCUCAGGCAGAGACAAAGGCAAAGAAAUAGCUCAUGAGCACGCCUCGGAUGAUGAAGCGAAGCAAAGUAACGACAGUGAUGAAGGUGGCGGCUUCAUGGUAGACGACGAAUAUGCAGGGGGGUUUAUGCUCGACUGAACAUGUUAAGGACUGUAGCUUCAAGAUACCCAGGUUAUGAUUUACCCUCUGCAAUUGAUACAUAUUGCUUCAAAAUUGAAGGGGGAAUAUGAUUCAGAUUUUAAGAGUGAAUCUUAACACCUAUAAUGGUAAGUAAUCGGCGGUAAAUGAUUGUGCCACACGCUUCGUGACACACAGCCGACCUUAGUUUUUCGCCAUCAGGAAGAGGCAAUGCUAGGAAACCAUUGGCGUAUAUUGAUGUACCUAGUUUUACGAGGUGUAACGUCUGUUGCAAAUAUUGUAGUAAUCGACACGUUUAUUUACGUACGCUUCUAACUGCUGCCUUUUGCGACUCUGCAGAUCAUCUAUCUACCUAGGUCGCAUAUUAUAAUUAUGGAGGCAGAUAUCGAAGUGAAUUGUAUUCGUGCAUGUUUA